AUGCAGCCAACAUACGGUCCCGUCGCACAAGAGGAUCUCAACGAUGAAAUCGACAAGUGGGGCGAUAUGUGCACGGACGAAUUGUUCAGGAAGUUAUCGUCUGCAAAGGAGACGCUUGGAAGGCUGCGCGGUGCCCUUGUGGUAUACGGAGUCCACAAAGGGAUAUACACUGGCCAAAAGGCUGUGCCUACGUGGAUUCUGGUCACUCUGAACAGGAUCACUCAACUUCUGAAUGGAAGUGGGACCAACAAGCAACUGAAGAGAUGGCUUCGAACGGCAUGGCCUGAGCUGCUCGAAAAAUCUAGUUCACAUUGGCCCAGUCAGGGCACAAGUGUUGGCGGAGACCUUGCGAGUGGCGACAACGGCAGCAGGCCUGAUGAUCCUACUGGUGGAGAGGGUGGUGGGAUAGAUGAGGAGCAGGUAGAGCGUGGAGAUACAAUUCACGACGACAGAAAAGGGGUCAACAACGAGGUAGAGGGUCAAGUGAAGUCCCACUCUUUUCCCCAGCCUGCGGACGUGAGCACUGGCUGGAAGGUACUGAAAGAAGCGGCAAAAAAUGCAAUUAAAGAGAAGGCAGAGCAGUGGCGAGAAACACUGAACAAGGUGCGUGUCAACCAACACCUAGUCGUCUAUCUGAUGAAAGAUCGAUACACGAUAGUGCGACUACUGCAGAAUGGCAGAGCGCUGGGAAAGGAUGCUACUUCAAUGGGUAUUCUCUCAAUGGAACGCAAAGUGAAGAUUUCGGGCGCGACGCAGGAGAGCCGUGGUGGCGAUUUUAUAGACAGUACGGGAAAGGAGGUCGCCGACGUCGACGAGAAACACCCUCCACACAGCCGGCCAUCUAGGAAUAGACCGUCGGAGUCGGCGCAUACCAGGGCCCCACCCAUACAGACGGGCACGUUCGUACUGAAGGACAAUGAGAGCGUUGAGAAGGCGGACGUCAUACCAGCUGAGUCGUCAGAGGCGGGAAAGACUCCUUCCGGAAAACACGACCGCGCGGACCUCACAGAAAGUGCGCCCAUGCCUAAACGAACGAAACGCGACAACGUCCAAACCUCAAACGCGAGCGACAGCGCAGCUGCCCCAUUCCUGGUGUCGGACCCACUGGAGGCACCGAGCGCGACGGCGAUUACAUCCUCCAGCAUCACAUCUACCGAGCACGAUGGGUCUUUCCCUACCUCUGCACCAUACCCGCAGACUGUGCCAUGUGGUGUACAUGAUCCACGAUCUGCCGUUUCUAUUCUGGAGAACAUUGUCGCGAACAUCACACAGCAGCGCACUGCCGUGGCUGCGAAGAUUACGACCUUGGAGCAGGAGCAUCGUUGGCUAAACGAGCGGCUGGCCGACUAUCAGAUACAGUUUCAGCAGGUACAACGGCGAGGCAUGAUACAGGCUGGGCAUUUCCGCGUCGCAUCGUCGCCACAACUGCCAGGCGGUUCAGCGAUAACAUCGGCGACUGAAACGGCCUCCCAAGCGAAUGUCGCGCCCAACGAGGCUUUCCCAGGGUCCCAUGUCUUUCCCUUCCAUCCUCUCCUGCGACUACCAGCGUCGACGCUGUCCAUUGAACUCAUGUCAUCACCAGCAGAGAUCGUUCUUCACUUCUUCAAGGACAGUCCCGUGCCAACGGACACGGCCGAGAUGGUAGACUGGGCGGAGAAGUUCAAGGAGAAAAUGCUCGUUUAUGAUGCCACUCGCAAUCGUGCGCAGGACAGCCUUGAUGACGCCGCGGUCGUAAACGGUAUACGUCAGGCUGCAGAGACUGUCAGUAAAUAUGCGACCGACGAAUUCCGAGUCUGGGCGAAGGUCUCUGUACCCCAGCUGAGCGCACAUAUGAAGAAAUAUGGAGCUGAACGUCCGACGACUGUCAUGGGUCGCAGGAGCGAUACAAACUUGCGAACGACUCAACCCAGCCGUCGCCUUCGUACAAAGGUUGGCACCAAAUCAGCGUCGGCUGCGCGCGCCCAGGCGCCGUCAACGCACGUAGACUCCACCAGUGUCGGAAAUUCAAUAUCAGCACCAGUGAUCACAGAUGCGAUGGAGGUGUCAGUUGACAACGGGUUGACUGCAUCUCAUAGGAGGAAUCAGGAGAACGGCGAUGCAGAUGUCGAACCAGUCGGCCCACUUCCAGUUCCGUCUCGACAUCCGGCUUCCUCGAUCGGCGCCGAGGGAGAUCUAAAGUCGCGAGGAAAUGUUAUCAAAGUGGCUCGAUCUAGACGUGAAGAUCGAGCGAAUGAGGUCGACAGAAGGAAGCGUGCGAGCGAGGCGAAUGUUAGCCAGCAGCACAAUUAUGACGACGGAAAACAUCGUAUGAAGACACAAGCGGUCUCAGCAGCACCAGAAUGGCAUAUGGAUCAUAUGAAGGAUAUCGCCAAAACGGAGGCCGAUGAUCCUGCGAGUGGGGCUAUCGUCGAUUCCUUUCCUGCUGCGCCAAGAGAGGUGGAUGUCGACAUACCCAUCUCAAACCAUGACGCACCUUCAGCUUCUACCGUUGCCCGCUCAGGAAAGGAUCCGAUGGAGCAUCUCGGAAGCAAUGGCACAGACGCGAACGCGUUGCAUCGUGCGGCGACAGAGGAUCUUGCAAGUGUCUGUGCGAGGCUUGCCGUUCUGAGACACCAGAAAGAGAGUUUGGAACACCUUAUGGCGAGAGUGCAGAAUACGGUCGUACGGUGA